CUCGGUCGAAUUGCUUCCCCCAUCUUCCCGUGAGGAUAAGACAGCGGAAUCUAUCCACUUUUCUCUUCGAUUUUUCUUCCUCGCUUCUUUGUGCCUGCAACAAUGGCGGUCGCCUUCUUCCCUUCCUUAGCUCACAACCCUACCCUUUCGUCUUCCCGACUCACAUCCUCCUUCGUGCCCACAAGACCCUCAUCACUCUUCGCAAAAUCUCCAUCACUCUUCGCGAAAUCAUCCCUUAAACCCAAAACCUUCGUCGUCUCCAUGUCCUUGGAAGCUGGGGUUGGCGUGAUGGGCACGAAGCUCGGAAUGAUGAGCUUCUUCGAACCAAACGGCACCGUCGUUCCUGUCACCGUCGUCGGAUUCCGGGAAGGUAACAUCGUUACGCAGGUGAAAACCCUAGCCACCGACGGCUACGAUUCCGUUCAGGUGGGUUAUCGACGUGUUCGGGACAAGAAAUUGACGAAACCGGAGAUGGGUCAUCUUCAGAAGGCGGGAAUUAUCCCUAUGAGGCAUCUCCAGGAGUUCAGGUUGCAGAGUGUUGAUGGGUUCGAACCAAAUCAGAAGCUUGUGUUCGAUGACAUCUUCAAGGAGGGUGAUCUUGUUGAUGUCUCUGGAACCACCAUCGGCAAAGGGUUCCAAGGUGGAAUCAAGCGGCAUAACUUUAAGAGAGGCCAGAUGACGCAUGGUUCGAAGAGUCACAGAGCAUUGGGAUCGAUCGGUGCGGGGACAACCCCGGGACGAGUGUACAAAGGGAAGAAAAUGCCCGGGAGGAUGGGAGGAACCAAAAGAAAGAUCCGGAAGCUGAAGAUUGUAAAGAUCGACAGCGACCUCAACGUUGUGAUGAUCAAAGGCGCUGUGCCCGGAAAGCCCGGUAAUCUCCUCCGUAUAACUCCGGCCAAGAUCGUUGGCGUUAACAUUCCCAAGAACUAGCCCAGCAAGCACGCCGCCCCCUUACGUGUAUUGCUGAUUUAUGCGUUGUUUAGGAUAUGAAAAUAUUCAUUGUAUCGAGUUUUCUUUUUUUUUCGCGAAGUUGAAUCAAAACAAGAAAAGUUCAUGAAACCGUGGUUCAUAGGAAUCAGGUUCUUCUCUAGGAUCAUACCUUAACACUAUUCACAACACAGAGGUUAUGGCCUCCAUUCUCU